GAGCCCGGUUGCCAGAGCGCCGCAGACCCCGCGCGGGCGCGCUCUCUAUGCUUGGCCUCCCUCGCUGCAGGCUCCUCCGAGUGGCCCUCGCCGCCGCCGCCCUCCUGCGCCCCGAGCGCAGCGCCGGCCUCCUCGCCGCCCGGCCCGCGCCGCGCCCCCAGGCUCCGGGUUCUCUUAAAUGUUUUCUUGGAGCCUUAAAGAUGGAGAUGACAGACAUGACUGGCAUGUCACUGAAACGUGGGUCCCUUGUUGUGGAAGAUAAUGACAGUGGGGCCCCAGCUGAGGAGACCAAAAAACAGAAGAUGUCAGAAUGCAGUCCGACCAGAGGUCUCGACAGGCUGGGGGACGACUCUCUACCCAACAGUCAAGAUGGGCCUGGAGCUCCUGAAGCUGUAAGUGCUGGGAAAGAUGAAAAGAAUUCUGAGGCUCAGCUGGAAGAAGAGGAGGAGGAGGAGGAAGAUGGCCUUUCAGAGGAGGAGGAGGAGGAGGAAGCAGAGAGCUUUGCAGACAUGAUGAAGCACGGACUCACUGAACUUGAUGUGGGCAUCACCAAGUUCGUAAGUCCUCAUCAAGGGUUCUCCGGAAUCUUAAAAGAAAGAUACUCCGACUUCGUUGUUCACGAGAUAGGAAAAGAUGGACGGAUCAGCCAUUUGGAUGACUUAUCUGUUCCAAUGGAUGAGGAGGAUCCUUCAGAAGAUACAUUUACAGUUUUGACAGCCGAAGAAAAGCAGCGACUGGAAGAGCUCCAGCUUUUUAAAAAUAAGGAAACCAGUGUUGCCAUCGAGGUUAUUGAGGACACCAAAGAGAAAAGAACCGUCAUCCAUCAAGCUAUCAAAUCUCUGUUUCCAGGAUUAGAGACAAAAACAGAGGAUAGAGAGGGGAAGAAAUACAUUGUAGCCUACCACGCAGCUGGAAGGAAGGCUUUGGCAAAUCCAAGAAAACAUUCUUGGCCAAAAUCUAGGGGAAGUUACUGCCACUUUGUACUAUACAAGGAAAACAAAGACACCAUGGAUGCUAUUAACGUACUCUCCAAAUAUUUAAGAGUCAAGCCAAAUAUAUUCUCCUACAUGGGAACCAAAGAUAAAAGGGCUAUAACAGUUCAAGAGAUUGCUGUUCUCAAAAUAACUGCACAAAGACUUGCCUACCUGAAUAAGUGCUUGAUGAACUUUAAGCUAGGGAAUUUCAGCUAUCAGAAAAACCCUCUGAAAUUGGGAGAGCUUCAAGGAAAUCACUUCACGGUUGUUCUCAGAAAUAUAACAGGAACGGAUGACCAAGUACAACAAGCUAUGAACUCUCUGAAAGAGAUUGGAUUUAUUAAUUACUAUGGAAUGCAAAGAUUUGGAACUACAGCUGUCCCUACAUAUCAAGUUGGAAGGGCUAUACUACAAAAUUCCUGGACAGAAGUCAUGGAUUUAAUAUUGAAACCCCGUUCUGGAGCCGAAAAGGGGUACUUGGUUAAAUGCAGAGAAGAAUGGGCGAAGACCAAAGACCCAGCUGCUGCCCUCAGAAAACUACCUGUCAAAAGGUGUGUGGAAGGGCAGCUGCUUCGAGGACUUUCAAAAUAUGGAAUGAAGAAUAUAGUCUCUGCAUUUGGCAUAAUACCAAGAAAUAAUCGCUUAAUGUAUAUUCAUAGCUAUCAAAGCUAUGUGUGGAAUAACAUGGUGAGCAAGAGGAUAGAAGACUACGGAUUGAAACCUAUUCCAGGGGACCUUGUUCUCAAAGGAGCCACGGCCACCUAUAUUGAGGAAGAAGAUAUUAAUAAUUACUCCAUCCAUGAUGUGGUUAUGCCGUUGCCUGGUUUCGAUGUUAUCUACCCAAAGCAUAAAAUUAGAGAUGCCUACAGGGAAAUGCUCAUAGCAGACAAUCUUGAUAUUGACAACAUGAGACACAAAAUUCGAGAUUAUUCCCUAUCAGGGGCCUACCGAAAGAUCAUUAUUCGUCCUCAGAAUGUUAGCUGGGAAGUUGUUGCAUAUGAUGAUCCCAAAAUUCCACUUUUCAACACAGAUGUGGACAACCUAGAAGGAAAACCACCACCAGUUUUUGCUUCUGAAGGCAAAUACAGGGCUCUGAAAAUGGAUUUUUCUCUUCCUCCUUCCACUUACGCUACCAUGGCUAUUCGAGAAGUGCUAAAAAUGGAUACCAGCAUCAAGAACCAGACCCAGCUGAAUACAACCUGGCUCCGUUGACUGAUACCUUGUCCACAGAUUAGAAAGUGCAGACAAGUGUUUGCUUACUGGCUUCCUGUUCAUUUUUCUCUUAGUACAGACCCGUAUGUGGAUUUGAAUCUUUGUAGUAAAAGAUUAUUUGUAUUUUUUUAAGUUUUUUAUUAGCUUAAAGAAAUAAUUUGCAAUAUUUGUACACCUACACAAAUUUUGAAGAUCCUAAUUUUAGCUCACAAAAUAUAAAUUGGUCAGAAUAUACUUCAGGUGCUUAAAUCAUGGUAAAAUGUCAGCUUUACUGGCUUUGUAAUGAUAAAGAAGGACUUUGGUUUAAAGUAGCAGUUCUAGGGUUUUCUACAUUCUUGAAAGACAGCAGGAAUUUUUAACAUAUCCAUUAAUGGAAUAUACAACAAUGCAUUUUAAGAGCAAAUGCAACAAAACAAAUCUGGACUAUGGGUAAAUAAUUUGAGAGCCCCCACCUAUGAAUAUAAAGAUAGCACUUGUGCUGAUUUAAAUUAUAAAACAUCUGCAGGUUUAUAGACACAAAAGUAAUUGUCAUUAUCAGUUCACAUGCCAGAUUCAGGUAAGCCUUUAUAGACUUUUUAGUUGCAAUGGCUUUUUCAUCUAUAUUAUCAAUACCUUGCAGGGAAGUUGCUUUGAUAGGGCUUUUUUUCCUUGGUGUAAACAUGUGUAGCUGUUUGUAUUAGUUAAGAUCUGAUUUUUACUAUAGGUGCCUUUAUGUUCAGAACUCUUUUCCCUGGACUAGGAUUUGCUCAAAAAUAAAUAAUGGCAGAGAAGAAAACUAAAAAUUUACAAGGGCUCCUUCUAUCCGCACCAUUUACUCUUUGUCACUAACGGCUUAGGUAUUUCCAUUUCUGGCAUUGCAUAAAACCUUUCUCUGGGUGAAAGGAUAAAUAUGCUUUUCCAAAGUUGUAUAACAUAAUUGUACCAAUUUUAAUUUUCUAUCAUUUCUAGAACAGAAUGUAAUAAAUAUUUUUAAAAUCGC